UCAGGGGGCGUGGUCGUCUCCAAAAUUGGGGAGGAAAGGGGGAAAAAGCCCGAAAGUUUCUCCGCCCGGAAAAGUUUCUUUGCGAGAGUCCCCGCCGGGGCGUGGGGAGGGGGAGGGAAGGGGGUCCGGGCCCGCGCGUGGGGCUCGGGCCUCAGCCGUCGCGGACCAUGUCGGGGCCCACCUGGCUUCCCCCGAAGCAGCCGGAGCCCGCCAGAGCCCCUCAGGGCCGGGCGCUUCCCCGCGGCGCCCACGGAGCAACACCCCAGCCUCACCCCAGGGUCAGUUUCUGCCCGCUCCCGCCUGAGCACUGCUACCCGCCUCCGGGGGCGCCGGAAGACCGGGGGCCUCCCUGGGUGGGCUCCCACGGGGCCCCGCAGCGCCUGCAGGGGCUCCCUCCGGACCGGGCGGCCGUCCGCCCCGCGAGCCUGGACGCCGAGAUUGAUUCGCUCACCAGCAUGCUGGCGGAUCUGGACGGGGGUCGAACUCACGCCCCUCGGCGGCCCGACCGGCAGGCUUUUGAGGCCUCUCCACCCCACGCCUACCGCGCAGGCUCCGGGAAGCCCAGCGGAGGGGCCGGCCCGACCCCCGCGCUCCCAGCCUCGCCCUACGGCGGACCUACCCCGGCCUCCUACGCUACCGCCAGCACCCCGGCCGGCCCGGCGUUCCCCGUGCAAGUGAAGGUGGCUCAGCCUGUGAGAGGCUGCGGGCCGCCCAGGCGGGGGCCCUCUCAGGCCUCCGGGCCUCUUCCAGGCCCCCACCUUCCUCCGCCAGGCCGAGGUGAAGUCUGGGGGGCUGGCUACAGGGGCCACCGUGAGCCGGGGCUCGCAGGAGGAAGAGGCGGCGGGCCCAGGCCUCAGGGCCCCUUAGGCCAGCCUCCGGAGGAGGAGCUGGAGAGGCUGACCAAGAAACUGGUGCAAGACAUGAGCCACCCGCCCAGUGGGGAGUACUUUGGUCGCUGUGGAGGCUGUGGCGAAGACGUGGUUGGCGACGGGGCGGGCGUUGUGGCCCUGGACCGCGUCUUCCACGUAGGCUGUUUCGUGUGCUCUACCUGCGGGGCCCCGCUCCGAGGCCAGCAUUUCUACGCCAUGGAGAGGAGGGCUUACUGUGAGGGCUGCUAUGUGGCCACGCUGGAGAAGUGUUCCGCGUGCUCUGAGCCCAUCCUGGACCGAAUCCUGAGGGCUAUGGGGAAGGCCUACCACCCGGGGUGCUUCACCUGCGUCGAGUGUCGCCGGAGCCUUGACGGUGUCCCUUUCACGGUGGACGCCACCAGCCAGAUCCACUGCAUUGAAGACUUCCACAGGAAGUUUGCCCCACGCUGCUCGGUGUGCGGAGGGGCCAUCAUGCCGGAACCGGGGCAGGAGGAGACGGUGAGAAUCGUUGCCCUGGAUCGAAGCUUCCACGUUGGCUGUUACAAGUGUGAGGAGUGCGGGCUGCUGCUGUCCUCUGAGGGCGAGUGCCAAGGCUGCUACCCGCUGGACGGGCACAUCCUGUGCAGGGCUUGCAGUGCCUGGCGCAUCCAGGAGCUGUCGGCGACCGUCACCACCGACUGCUGACCCCGGAAAGCCUCACCUCCCCCACAGCCACCUUUGCUGUUCUUCCACAAAUGCUUCUUCUUCCCUGUUCAUGAAAUAAUAAUGUCUGAAGGGCUCUAAAACACUUGAAA